AGUCGAUAAUUACGAAUGUAAGAUAUGUAAGUUAAUAUCAACAAACAAUUAAAAAACAUACAAACAUACAAAACUAUAUAACAAUAAACAUACGAAGUUAUCAUAUACAUUCAGUUUUCUAUAAGGUUUACUUUUUCUAUGCUUACUCUUUUUAAAGGAAACUAUUUAUGUCAAUCGAUUUAUAUUAAUUCACUUUUUAAACUUGUUUAUCAUGAGCUAGUAUUUAUGGGAAAACUAUGAUUUAAUAAUGCUUGCUAUACAGUAAAUUGACGCUUUCGAUACUUGGAAAGGAAUAAAUCGAUAUUUCGAACUCGAUAGUUCUCAACAGUAUUAUGUUUGAUCAGAUCUACCUUUGUUCUAAAUUAAACAAACACUUGCAUGCAUCAUUUUAAAGGUAAAACGGUGAUAUGAAUAAAAAAUAAAUUCUUCAUAUGAUAUUAUUAAAAUAAUUACAUGUAAAAUUACUUUUUUUGCAAAUGAGCUACGUUUCUAUACUAAUUAACACACUUAAAUUGUUUAGAAAAUUACAGUUUAUAUAGCGAAUUUAUACACACAACACACACACAUACACAUACAUAUACAAGUUUGCAUGUUGUCCAUCGUGUUUGUACAUAAGAAGCAAAUAUUUAAAAAUUAAAAAAGGAAAUUACAAAUUCGAUCUACUUUUCGAUGGAACUUCGAUUAAGUUUCGCAGAAGGAAAGGAUCGAUCGAUCGUAUUGGAUGAUCAUUAAAGCAAACAAUUAAAAAAACAAAAAUAAAAAACAUGUCACGAUGCUAUUGCUUAUCUUUACUUUCCAACGUAUCUACCUCGAGUUUUGAAUUGCAUAUUCAAGAUGGAAAUCCAAGAAAUAAGACAUCAUUAGCACCAGGUCACAGUGUCAUGGAUUGGAUACGAUUAGGUAAUUCAGGAGUAGACUUAACUGGAGUUGGUGGUAUUCCACGCACUGUUACAUUAACUGAGUUAGCUAAUCAUAAUAAGAAAAACGACGCGUGGAUUGCAAUAAGAGGAAUAGUUUUCAACGUGUCACAUUACAUGGAUUUUCAUCCAGGAGGAAUUGACGAAUUAAUGAAAGGAGUUGGAAAAGAUGCCACGAAAUUGUUCGACAAGGUUCACGCUUGGGUAAAUUAUCAAAGUCUUCUUCAAAAAUGUGUCGUUGGUAGAUUAUGUCGUUCUUCGAUUUCAAAUACAUCAAAGACCAAUGGAAAAUCAUCCAUUGCAAAUGAUCUCUUGAAAAGUUGCACAACUCAAAGUACAAGCGAGGAAGAAAAAGAAAAAGAAACCAAUGAUGGUGUUUCGAAAAUUAAAAUGGAUUGGCGUCAAACGACUAACACCAUAACUUUGUUUUAUCAAAGUAUAAAUGAUUAUCAGGGUAUCUAUUAUCGUUUAUCAAGGAUAAAUGAUACCAAACUCGUUUUUAAUUUAUCCUUUGAAAAGAAUAUAGUAACGCACGAGCUUGAAUUAGCUGGUGAAAUCGAAUGGCCUCCUACUUGGAGUAGAAAUUAUGAAAACAUGGAAAUAGAUUUUACGUUCAGAAAAAAAGAUAAAAUUGUUUGGAAAACUCAAGGUAAUUAUACCAUGUCACGAGAACCAAUAACCAAUAAGAGAACUUAUAAAGGAUACAAAGUUCUAACGAACACACCACUUUGUAAAUUAGUUCACUUGUUAGUCCUACGAGCUAAGGAUUCGUUAGAAUUAAUACCAAUCGGUAGACACUUGGAAGCAAAAAUAAACAUUGCAGGUGUUGAGGUUUCUAGAUAUUAUACACCUGUCCCACCAUAUCUUCACCCGGAAGACACGGCACCGAAUUAUACGUCAGAUUGUAUAUGCCUGAUGAUCAAAAGGUACGAAGAUGGUGCUCUUAGUCCAUCUAUAACAGCUUUGAAAUCUUCAGAAAGUGUUAUGUUGAGUAACGGACUUGGUAACUUUAUCGUUGAAACCUUUGAUCGUUUUACCGACAUUCAUAUGUUGGCCGCUGGAACAGGACUAACAGUGAUGCUAGGAAUAAUUCAACGAUCCCUUGCCAGGCGUCAUGUGAAAAGUAUCAAUCUUUUAAACUUCAACAAGGAUGAAGAUAACAUGUUCUAUGCAGAACAGUUGGAGAGAGCUUGCAAUACAAAUAAAUUGAAAGUUACACAUAUUCUGUCGCAAGCGGGAGAAUUAUGGAAUGGUAGGCGUGGUUCGAUAUCUGAUGAACUUUUGAAAGAAUUAAUGGGCAAUUAUUCACCUGACAGCUGUGUGUUUCUUUGUGGUCCUAAAGGAUUCCUAGAUUCCGCAAAAAAAUGUCUUCGUAAUCUCAAAUGGGAGUCCUAUCAAAUACACGAAUUCGAUGAUUGAAAUAAUCUUAAAACUUGUUUUUAUAUUCCAAGCUCGAUCGUUGAAGGAACAACUUAAAAUUUGGGUUUAAUUUAUUGUACAAAUUCUUUACCGAUAAUCGAAUGUGUUGAGGGAUUUCGAGAAAGUCCUGUUCUAUCCAUCCUUGAAACUAGAAACACAAAUCUUAGAGCUUAUUAUUGCGAAUAAGGAAUUGAAAUUAAUAGAUAAAUCUAAAAAAAAAGAAAAAACAAAAGAAAAGAAAAGGAAACGCCUGAUACUAAAUUUGGAUGCAUCGUACGUUUAAUGUACCUGUUUCAAUCAAUUAAACUAAACUUUGUUAUUAGACGAAUUUUGCUGCCUCGUACGAGCCGGUUUAGUACAAAGAAAUAAAAUAAAGCGUUUCUAAUUCUCUUGUAAAUAAGUGCAAUGAAUAUUUGUCGAAAAAGAAUUGCGAAUUUUUUGAGUAUUCGUACUUAGAUUCGAUGUAUUUACAUGUAUAGAUAAAUAUUUGAUUAUAUUUUCGAAAGAAGAUUGCAAAUGAUCUUCUUUUUAUCUUAUUUCUCUCUUGUUUUUUAUGAUUAAUAUCAAUAAUAGCACGUUGAUCGUCGCGUAGUCCAAAUUUGGGC